AUGUUGAAAUCCGACGCCGAAGUCAUCGAGGCCUUCAAUGAACAGGUGAACAUGAGCAUCGAAGAGCUCGAGGCAUGGCUUGAUAGUCCAGAGAGCGAGAAAGCUGGUACAGGCGUCGGGCAUGACAGCGGGCGGCGCAUUGUCGAGAUUUUGAAGAAGAACCCUGGGAAGGACCCGAAACAGUAUGAUGAGGAGGACUUGCAGCAUAUGCAUAAGGUGGUCGCAUACAAUUCACGUCACCUCGCACAGGAAGACCAUUUGAAGCAGACCAAGACGUUAGACGAGUUGGAGAAGACGAAGAGCACCAUCAGCUUGCGGAACUGGGGACACGACCCCGUGAAGGUAAAGAAACAAGAGGAUGGCACUUCGAAUACCAGAGACGACAGGGCUGCAAACAAGCAAACUGAGGAAACGCUAGAAGAGGAAGGAGAAGCGGACGGAGAGGGCGAGACCGAUAGCGAAGUAGAAGGUGAUCAGACUGGGGCCAAGCAGAAUGAAGAAGUGAAAGCUGCAGGAGGAGACGAAGAGACAAAUGGCGAGGAAGCCAACGGAGAAGUGGACCUCGAGGCCAAAAGUGGCGAGAAUGAGGAGGUUGACAUAGGGGACAAACGCAAGCGAGACAAAGCGGACGCGGACGCGGGAGCGAAGGACACGAAGAAACGUCAGACCGCGCCGAGCCGUAGAGCCAGAGGAAGCAAGAUCCCAACAGCGACGACAAGGAAGACCAGGUCUUCUUCGAAGGCAGACGGUGACACCGAAGAAUGA